AUGGUCGCGCCGCACUCUUUCAUCUUCUACCGGUAUGACCCUUCGCUCGCGGCCGCAGCGGCCUUCGUGGCGCUGUUCGGGCUCAGCGCCAUUGCCCACACCUACCAACUCAUAUGGAAGAGAACUUGGUAUUUCAUCCCCUUCGUUAUCGGCGGACUAUGCGAGACAGUCGGGUAUGGCGGGCGGAUCAUGUCGGCGCAAGAGACGCCCAACUGGACAACAAACCCGUACAUCCUCCAGUCGCUUCUGAUCCUCGUCGCCCCUGCGCUGUUUGCCGCCUCCAUCUACAUGGUCUUGGGCCGCAUUGUGCGGCUUGUCGAGGGCGAGCACCACUCCGGUAUCCCGAUCAAGUGGCUCACCAAGAUCUUCGUGACGGCCGACGUCAUCUCGUUCUGCGUGCAAGGGGCUGGCGGCGGCCUGCUGGCUGUGGCCAAGGACGUCCAAGGCUUCAACAACGGCCAGAACGUCAUUAUCGGCGGCCUAUUCGUGCAGCUCGCGGCGUUCAGCGUCUUCGUCGUCGUCACGUCCAUCUUCCACCGACGGAUGCAGAAGACGCCCACCGUGGCGUCGCAGGCGGUUGGGGUGCCGUGGCAGCGCUACCUCUGGGUUCUGUAUGCAGCGUCCGGCCUGAUCCUCGUGCGAUCCAUCUUCCGAGUCAUCGAAUACCUCCAGGGCUACAGCGGUAGCCUACAAGAUGCCGAAUACUGGCUGUACAUCUUCGACGCGGUGCCUAUGUUCGUUUCCACCGUCGUCCUGAAUGUGUUCCAUCCCAGCAAGAUCAUCUCGUCCAAAACGAAGGCCGGGCGUGUGUCUCUCCAAAGCACAACGGAUAUAGAGCAAGAGCUUCAAAAUGUCAACUGGAGAGCGUCCCAGCGGAAGCCCAUGACUGCAGAGUCGAAUGUGUAG